GGCAUACCGAGGCCCACGUGUUACUGAAGUUAUUGAUGGCAACAGUGGGCGCAUAAUAACUGGUCCGGCUCAACGAAGUGUUCAGUCACUGAUUGCUCGCUACACUGAACGCGUGUCGAUUUAGACGCGAGCCGGCAUUGCGCGAGAGCAUUUACGAUAAACAGUUUUUAAACAUAACACAACCCUGUUUGGUAUAUUUUGGACCUCAUAUUGUGAGUUAUAGUGAAUGAACAAAACUUUUGGAUGAACAGAACUAUAACAGACUGAAAGCGAAUCUGAAAAUUUCCAACGUGUGCAGGUACUUACAAGUUGCCAAAUAACUAACUGCGAUUAUAAACGGGAACCAGAAUGUUCUUGAGGAUAUCCUCAUAAUCGUUGUCAAUGCUAAAAGGGAUACAUAUACACAGGAAGAAUGUUCACAAGAUUGCUGACUUUGGCUUUGGUGGCCGGGAGCUGGCACGCCACUGAUGCAUGCACCUGUUCACUUGACCAUCCCCAGACACACUUUUGCAAUAGCGAUUUUGUUAUCGUCGGUAGAGUACAAAAAAUAUUCAGAGGGAGUGAUUUCUACGACGCGUAUAAAGUGAAAAUCCGAAAUAUAUUCAAAGCUACACCAAAAGCUGCAGUAGCGCUCAAAGCAGGUCGACUACUAACACCGUCACUUGAUUCAUUAUGCGGAGUCACACUUCAGCCUAGAGAGACCUAUGUUAUAACAGGUCGCGUUGUUCAGCUACAGGCUCACAUACAGCUGUGCGGAUACGUGAACAAAUGGCGCGAAGUCACUCCACGACAGCGGAAAGGGUUUAGAUUGCUCUACAAGCAAGGUUGCACGUGCAAGGUUCACAUGAACAGACGUAGUACGAAAUCACCGAACACCUGCGUGACGGGCCGCAUCGCGACAGAAUGCUACGAGCGACACGGCAUCUGCUUGCACGAUCGCGAACGACGUUGCCGAUGGACGAGGGCCCCAGCCCUUACGAGGUGUCUGCAGAAGCAACAUUUCAACAGCACCAUGACUUGAUUCAUCCAACGACUCGAUCCAAACUAAAUAUUAUUUGUAACAAACAUUUAUAUAUCCGACUCGGCUCCAUUGAAAUUCCGGUUACCUUAUAAUUGUUACUACUAAUUUAUAGAAACACUAUGAGUUACUACGCCAAAAUGUUCAUCCUAACAUCAUUCUAGGUUAGUUCAUUUAAAUGUUGUAAGCUCGUACCAGGACUAAAAUGAUAGUAUUUAAUCAAAAUAUUGAUGCUAUUUUGUUCAAAGGAUUAAAGUUCUGGCUAGUCAAGGAGAUAUCCAACUCCUUAAUUAACUUAAUUCGAUGAACAUUGGACAGUAAGUGUGUGGCUAUGACUAUUUCUUUGUGAGAAUGAAGUGAUUCGACGAAAUUAUGUAAGACUUUAUAGUGACGAAUUUACUGAAAAGCAUUACCAUUUGUUAUAUUUUGGAAAAUAUUUUAGCGGUUCCAAAUUAUUGUUUGCACGGAUUGGAAAGAAGUCAAUUUGACGUUAUUUUAAAUUAUUUAUUUUAAGUUAUAUUUAUGAAUAAGUUAAAUCUUUGUAAAUUAACAACACUAGUGAUGUAAGUAAAUUACAAUAAAGACUUUCAAAAACC